AUGCAAGUUGCCAAUCGUCUCCAGACAGCCCUUCGAACGGGCCAGGGGGUGUCGUUCGGCGCAUGGCAGAUGCUCCCUGGCAUCAACCAUGCGCAGAUAAUGGCUAGGAGUGGCUUUGAUUGGAUUUGCAUUGAUACAGAGCACGGGAAUAUUGCAGAUGCCCAAAUGCACGAAUCUGUUGCUGCAAUUGCCGCGACGGGUGUCAGUCCUGUCGUACGGAUUGCUGCCAACGAGUCAUGGAUGGUUAAGCGUGCAUUGGAUGCGGGAGCUCAUGGGAUUAUCGUACCCCUCCUUUACACGGUAGAAGACGCGAAGGCGCUGGUUGAAUCAGCCAAGUUCCCUCCCGUGGGCAAAAGGGGUUUUGGAAGUCCCUUUUCUAUGAACUCGUUUGGAUCUAUAUCCCAGACAGACUAUUUGUUUCAGGCGAACGACGCUUUGCUUACAAUUGUUCAAAUAGAAACUAAGGAGGCUUUUGAAAAUGUUGAAGAGAUUGCAAAGGUGCCAGGGGUUGACGUGCUACUGGUCGGUCCAUGGGACCUGGGAAACAAUAUUGGCAGACCCGUUACAGGUGAUUUUCAUCCCGAUCUGGUCGCUGCAAUUGAGAGGAUUCGUAAGGCGGCUAUCGAAAACGGCAAAAGGGCUGGUAUUUUUUGUGUAUCUGGGGAGUCCGCAAAGAAAUAUGCGGAGCAAGGUUUCCAGAUGAUUUCCGUGAUUGCCGACGUCACUGCUCUUUCUACACAUUUGACAAGCUCAUUAAAAACCGCUCGAGAUGGCUUGUGA